UAUUAUUAUUUUUAGAGAAACAAGAACUGAAUAAACUAAACAUUCCAGUGUGUGAUCGCGCUCAUCAGCACAAAGCUCAAUUGUUUUUGGAUGUUUUUACAAAUCAUUUGAUUGUGUUUAUGGCUGGUCUUUCUGAUUAUCACACUUACUUAGAACAGAGGUUGAAGGUGUAUUCUGUUGAUGUGAAACAAGAAGAGCUGAGUUCUGUCAAUGCCAAGUUCUGCACACAUCUGUUGACGAACGCAUUCCACUCACGCAAAGUUCAACACUGUUUAAAAUUGUUACAAGAACAGUCACAAGAUGAAGUUUUUAUAUCCAUGGAAACCUUGUCAAAUUUUCAAGAUGUAUCAUCUGCAUUUCAAGCCUACGUGAAGUAUUUGGAAAAAUUGUUGCCGUAUCGAAUUAUAAGCAUUGAUGAAGAAUGUCGUUCUUCAACAUGGUCUGAAAGUUUAGAAAAAUGCAACAACAAACUUUUGUGUGAGGAGAAAAAGUUGACAUCGUUGUUUAAGAAACUGGCUUCAUAUGUUUCCCUGCUUGCAUCAACAGAAUUACCGACAUCAUCAGUAUCCACUUGUGUAAGCAACCUUAACACAACAUUUAAUGCAAUGAAUAGCUGUUUUAAAGCCAUAUGUAAUCAUUAUGUUAAUAAAUCGGAGGAAGAGCAUGGUUUACCCACAUAUACUGAGAGAUUAAAGAUUACAGAUGAAUGCUUAUUAUCCACUUUGAAUUCUCUUGAAACUUCAAGUGGAAAGCUGUGUAGCUUGUUCAAAGAGAAUUUGUCUUUUAUGGUUGCUUCAAGAGGGUUUAAACGCAAAGGUCUUCCCUCUGAUUUUAGCCAGAACUUACCGAUAAAUUUAAAAUCAUUCUUUAACCAAGCAUCUUCUUACAUUCGAGAUGUGCAGCAGCCGCCUGCACAAUCGGUUCCAUACGCUCUAGCAGUUCGAAAUUAUCGAUCACUGGUAACAUCCUCUAGCGAUGCAGAUAAGCGAUCACAACAACAGGUGGUGGAUUCUCAAGAAUGUAUCAUGAAACUUGAGCAGGAAAAAGAGCAUUGGAUGUUAGAGACGCAGUUACUAAAAGCGAAAUAUGAAAGAGAACAGAAGAAAACAAGUCUGUUGGGUGAAGAACUGAAGAAAUGUAAAACAGAAGCGUUGCAAAGAUCAACAACAUUAGAGGAUAACAUGUCAUUCGAGGGAUAUGCACAGCAAGAAAGAAGUCGAAGUUUACAACGAAGUGUUUCUUCUACAUCAUCAACACCCGAUACUCCUCAUCAAAUCCCGCUUGGAACACUAGAAGUCAUUAACAGAGACAAAAAUGCAUUGUUGGACAGCGAACAUGAAAACUUAGUAAAAGACCAUCUCACAAAUCGUAUCACCCAACUCACGAAACAGCUUCAAGUUACAGACAGCAAAUCGAUAAAUUUUUACCAAGAGACUCAUGCACUAUACAAACAAAUCAUCUUAGCUGAUAAAAACAAACAAAAAUUAACCAAUGAGCUUGCAGAAUCUAAUAAAAAGAUUGACAAUUUGCAGGACGAGCUGGAAACGACAAAGCGAAGUUAUGAGGAACAGUUAAGGAUGCUGAGUGAUCACUUAUGUGGUAUGAACGAAAAGUUGACCUCGCAAAAAGAUGAAAUCGACGAACUGAAAACAAGCAGUGCCACACCUCCUAAGUUAAAAUUCCAACUACCUGGACGAAAGAAAUAAUUCUCACAACUAGCAUAAUUAUUUUUUCUUUUUCUAAGAUCAAUUUAUGUUUGGAAUUUUUUUAAUUAAGUCGACUAGGUUGAUUCUGUUGCCUGUUUUUUUUUGUCCUGUGUUGUAAAAUCGUUCCACGUGUAGUAAAAUAUUUUUGUACUAAAAACUAGUGUCUUUAUAGCUUAUCAAGCGAACAUAGUUGUUCCUGUACAUAGCACUUAUAUCAUGACGAUCAUUAGAAGUGUUACGUAUGUUGUUUUGAAAGAUUUCGUUGUUUGUUUGUUUGUUUGUUUUGGCAUUUCUUUUUUUCUAACAAUGAUUAUUAGAUUUUUCCUGUAUUUUUUCUAUAUUUCAUAUAUUUUGAUGUUCUUGUUUUCAGUUUAAAUUUCUAAUUCUUCUCAGAA